AUGCUAAAAAUAGCUAAUUAGAGGCUGGUAAUAAGGGGUUUAUAUUAUUUUAGAAGUUAAGAGAUGACUAGUAUUUUGAUGGAUGGAAUAAGAUUAAUAGAGAAAAUGAAUGAUUUUAUUUUGAAUAAGCUAGAGAAAAUUAACAGUCCAACUUUGAACCUACAUUACUAUUAUAAGAGAAUAGAAUAUUAGAGGUGCAAUUCAAAUCUUUAUAAGGAAGAUAAAUUUAAUUAUAAUUAACUUAUGAGUUAGAAUUGAGAAGAUGAAAUGCCAGAAACACAAGAUUAUUUCAACAAUUUUUGAUGCUAAGAUCAGAGUCAAAGAGAAGGC